AUGGCUCAGCCAGGCUCGUUCCCGAACCUCUACACUCAUCCGCAGUCGAAGCAGUUCAGCUCGACCCCGGGUUAUGGCGCGACGCCGCCUGGGUUGGCUACACAGCGAACGCCCCAGCGUGGCCCUGCCCACCAAUUCUACCAGAAACCUGCAGCGGUUGCAGCGCCUGUGCAUAUGCAGCCACGUACCGUGGAACGGCUUCACCAGCAGCAAGCUGUCCCUGUUUUUGCCCAGGACUACCGUCAUCCAGAAAUGACUGCGUUGCCUCCUGCUCAGCAGUAUCAGAUGCCAAUGCCAGGCUUUCAACAACGUCAUCCAGACAACUUUGACGGGGUUGCCCAGGAUGUACACAUGCGAGCAUCACCGAGCAGCAACGUGCAGCAGCAGCAGCAGCACAUGCAGCGUUCUCAGCAGGAGCAAUCAACUGACUUUAUCAAUCAGUUUCCUGGCAAUCCAAUGGCCGGUUUAGCGAUGAACAGUGCACAGGACUUUCUGCAGAAACAAUCGGAGAUGUAUCUCCCAGGAGCAUAUGGCAUCUGGGGCAGUCUCAAGUACUACUUCACGGUCAACAACUCUUACGUCAAGAGUCGUCUCAAGAUCUUGUUGCUCCCUUUCGUACACAAGAAUUGGCGCCGCAUGGGCAAUGGCAAUCAAGACGAAUCGAAACCAAUGCAACACGCUCCUCCCACUCGUGACAGUAAUGCACCGGACCUCUACAUCCCGUUGAUGGGCUUCCUUACCUACAUUUUGAUUGUGGGUUAUUCCAAGGGCACUUCGAACCAGUUCAGUCCAGAUGUGAUCAGCAAAGAUGCGAGCUACUGUCUUGUGAUGCAGCUGGUCGAAAUUGGCGUACUUGCUGCCUGCCUUUACGUGCUGAACAGCUCCAUUUCAUUCCUCGACUUGGUUUCUUUUUCCGGCUACAAGUAUAUUCCACUGGUGAUCAACGCGGUCGUCUAUCAGCUGCUGGGCUCUAUCGCUUAUUACGUUUCGCUCCUGUACACUGGUGUUGCUGUGUCCUACUUUACGCUGAAUUGUAUGAAAGGCAGCGUUGCUGAACCGAGCUCUGAGAACCGCCUCUUCCGGAACUACCUUCUCUUCGGAGUUUCGUGCCUACAGCUUGUCCUCGUCUGCUGGAUCUCGUACACGACCGCGCCCGGAGAGUAA